GAUCCAGUGGCUACUGAACUCAUUGAUUUCCUCAACGCAUCUCCAACUGCCUUCCAUGCCGUUGAUGAGGCGAAGAAGCGAUUGAAGAAGGCUGGGUUCGAGCAGGUGCCGGAGAGAGAGGACUGGAAUCUGGAACUUGGGAAGAAGUACUUCUUCACUAGAAAUCAUUCUACCAUCGUGGCCUUUGCGAUUGGAAAAAGAUAUGUUGCUGGGAAUGGUUUCCACAUUGUUGGAGCGCACACAGAUAGUCCUUGUCUCAAACUGAAGCCUAAUUCAAAGGUAGCAAAAGGAGGAUAUCUGGAAUUGGGUGUACAGACAUAUGGUAGUGGAUUGUGGCACACCUGGUUUGAUCGUGACUUAACAGUUGCAGGUCGGCUAAUUAUAAAGGAAAAGAAAGAUAGUUCAGUCUCUUAUACGCAUAAGCUUAUCAGGAUUCCAGAGCCAAUCAUGCGGAUACCGACGCUGGCUAUUCAUCUUGACAGGGGUGUCAUGGAUGGAUUCAAAGUAAAUACACAGGGUCAUCUUGUCCCUGUGAUUGCAACGUCUGUUAAGGCUGAACUUCAGAAGCUGGGGGAACAAAAUGGUCCCAUAGACACCAAGGUCAAAACUGAUGGAAUAGAAUCACAUGAUAAGAAAAGUAUUGAUAACAGAAAACAUCAUUCCGUUUUCCUCCAGUUAAUUGCUGACAAUGCUUGCUGUAAGCCGGAUGAGAUUUGUGAUUUUGAGCUGCAACUUUGUGAUACUCAACCAAGUAUUAUAGGCGGUGCUCUGAAGGAAUUCAUAUUCUCAGGAAGGCUUGACAAUUUAUGCAUGUCGUUCUGUUCACUGAAGGCUUUGGUAGACUCAACAAAUUCUGAAAGUUCUCUGGAUGAAGAAACUGGUGUGAGAAUGGUGGCGCUGUUUGAUCAUGAGGAGGUUGGAUCGAACUCAGCUCAGGGAGCUGGUUCUCCAGUGAUGUUGGAUGCCUUGACUAGAAUAACAAAUUCUUUCAACUCUUCAAACAAGUUAGUAGAGAAGGCCAUCCAGCAAAGUUUUCUCGUCUCUGCAGACAUGGCGCAUGCCAUACAUCCCAACUAUAUGGACAAACAUGAGGAUAAUCAUCAACCUAAGAUGCAUGGCGGUCUUGUGAUAAAACACAAUGCGAAUCAGAGAUAUGCGACAAAUGCCAUCACAUCAUUUAUAUUUAGAGAGAUUGCUGAAAGGCAUGGCUUGCCCAUUCAGGAUUUCGUUGUACGGAACGACAUGCCGUGCGGUUCGACUAUCGGUCCCAUACUCGCGAGUGGCCUUGGAAUCCGGACAGUUGAUGUCGGUGCACCUCAACUAUCAAUGCAUAGCAUUAGAGAGAUGUGUGCGGUGGAUGAUGCCAAACACUCUUAUGAGCAUUUCAAGGCAUUCUUCAAUGAGUUCAAUCAAAUUGAUUCUGGGAUUAAAGUAGAUUUCUAGCUUCUCCUUUUCCUUUAUGGAUAGGACACUAAGUUAAGGAUAUUUAUAAAAAAGUUGAAUUUUUGUUGAAUGUACAAUUAGUGAGAAGGUUUGCUAAUGUUGAAUAAGAAAGAGUUCUUGGCAAUGCUCUGUUCUCUUGCAAAAUUUAAUUGCUUUUAAUUGA